AUGAAUGGAAAUGCAAAUGUGGAGAAUGGAGAAGUGAAUCUCAGAAUCUCAGAAUCUCAGAAUCUCAGAAUCUCAGAAUCUCAGAAUCUCAGAAUCUCAGAAUCUCAGUAUCUCAGAAUCUCAGAAUCUCAGAAUCUCAAAAUCUCAGAAUCUCAGAAUCUCAGAAUCUCAGAAUCUCAGAAUCUCAGAAUCUCAGAAUCUCAGAAUCUCAGAAUCUCAGAAUCUCAGAAUCUCAGAAUCUCAGAAUCUCAGAAUCUCAGAAUCUCAGAAUCUCAGAAUCUCAGAAUCUCAGAAUCUCAGAAUCUCAGAAUCUCAGAAUCUCAGAAUCUCAGAAUCUCAGAAUCUCAGAAUCUCAGAAUCUCAGAAUCUCAGAAUCUCAGAAUCUCAGAAUCUCAGAAUCUCAGAAUCUCAGAAUCUCAGAAUCUCAGAAUCUCAGAAUCUCAGAAUCUCAAAAUCUUAGAAUCUCAGAAUCUCAGAAUCUCAGAAUCUCAGAAUCUCAGAAUCUCAGAAUCUCAGAAUCUCAGAAUCUCAGAAUCUCAGAAUCUCAAAAUCUCAGAAACUCAGAAUCUCAGAAUCUCAAAAUCUCAGAAACUCAGAAUCUCAAAAUCUCAGAAUCUCAGAAUCUCAGCUCGGGAAAAUUUUUGA